UCGAGAGCGGAUAGAGCACAUAAAACAUCACACUCACGAUCAUGUUUCACAGGACAACAGGAACAAACUUUAUUCAUGUCGCUGAACGUAAACAGCAUGACGACAAACGCCAGCGGGAUGACGUCACUGCCAACAGCAGUAGAGCAGGUGUCACAUAUACACCUGUUGCUAAGACACGUAAACCAGCUUCACACAUGCCGGACAACACUAGACACAUCAGCAGGAACGCUAUCAAACUGUAUGUUGGAGAUGAAGGGUGAUGACUUCAGUGUCCACAGUCUCUCUCUGGACUCCCUCAGCUUGACCGAACAUGAACAUCCACACGAGGUGGUCCUGGAGGAUGAAGCCGACACCGAUGCUCGGGUAUCGGAGCUGAAGCACAUCAGGCAGGAUUUGUCCACUGAAGAAUUAUACCUGCAGGCCUGUAAACUGGUUGGUGUCGUUCCUGUCAGAUAUUUCCUCCGAAACCUGGGCUGCACCACCAUUAACCUCAACCACCAUGGACUCGGGCCUUUGGGAGGAAAAGCUCUGGCGAUCGCCCUCGUGACAGACAUGCACACCACAACACUGGAGCUGGCAGACAACUUUCUGUUAGCCGAAGGGGCCAGAUAUCUCAUGGAGAUGCUGAGGGCCAAUUUCACCAUUCAGAACCUUGAUCUCUCCGACAAUCACCUUCAGUCCGCUGGAGCAGAGUGUGUUGCUAAAAUGCUCUUGGAAAACAUUUCCAUUAAAUCAUUAAAACUAGCAGGGAAUAAAUUUGCUGAAGAUGAUGCAAAAUGGUUUGCAGAUGCCUUUUCAAGCAACUACAGAGUCAAGGAGCUGGAUUUGAGCCACAAUCAGUUCUGCGGGAGAGGCGGUGAACAUCUGGGUCAGAUGAUAGCAAAUAAUGACGGUAUAGAAGCUCUUGAUCUGAGCUGGAAUCAUCUGCGAAUGAAAGGAGCUGUAGCUUUCUGUGCUGGACUAAAGGUCAACACGACUUUGAAACACUUAGACCUGUCAUGGAACGGCUUUGGAAAUGAGGGUGCUUUAGCUCUGGGUGAAGCACUCAAGUUUAACAACACGCUGGUGCACCUGGACCUCAACAACAACCGCAUCACUGAUGAAGGAGCGAGCCUGCUGUGUAAGGGGCUGGAGGCUAACGAUACUCUCAGAGUGCUGCAGCUGGCGUAUAACUCAUUAACAGUAGAGGGGGCUCUUACUUUGAUCAAUGUAGUGAAGAACACACCUAAAACUGCCAUUGAGGAGAUCAACAUAUGUAACGUUCUGGUGAAUGAGAACUUCGUGCAGCUCUUAGAGUUGAUCUGUCAGGAACAUCCCAGUCUGGAGGUGCAGUAUGGAGGAGUCGGAGGCUUUAUCGCCAAAAAGCCUCGGAAACGCAUUGAUCCCAUGAAAGUCAUUCAGGAUUACCUUGAUCAGCGCAAGCUUCGUCUGUGGGACUUCUUCCGUAACAUAGACAAAGAUGGGACAAUGCGUGUUCCUGUCGUAGACUUCAGAAAAGCCGUUCAGCAAUCCAGCAUCCCACUGGAGAGAUUCCAGAUUGAGGAGUUGAUUCAGAGACUGGACAGAGACCGAACAGGCAUAGUGGACUACAGAGGCCUGGCAGAUACUAGGAAACAGAUGAUGCGAGACCACCGCCGCCAACUGCGUAAAGUGGAGUCAAGGCAGAAGAAGGAGAAACAGAAGAGCGACAGGAUCCUCAAAACCUUUGAGAGCGCAGUAGAGGCCGUCACUCCACGGAGCUCCAUGAUAAUAUCUCCAGGCGCUGCCAAAGAGGACUCCAGUGGUCCCCAGCACUUCUCUGCCACCCCGCUCAGCUCCUGGCACCAUAUAAUCAUGUCCAACAGCAGCCGCUACUCCGUCAAUAACAUGAGCAGCGAGCACGUGCACCUUCCCAUGAUAGGGAACCCCUCGAGAUCACCAGACAUGCGCUCAUAUUCACAGCCAAACCUUUUCGCCAGUAUCCCUAAACCAUCGACCAGCAAACCCACUUCUGCCCAAGGAUUGCACUCCACGUCCAACCCAAGUGUGGCCAGCAGUAAACUCAGCCCCACUGCUAACCUGACCAGAUCCAGGCCGGCGUUAAACACUGAGCCCACCAGUAAAGCAAAGGUUAAAGGGAAGAAAAAGAAGACCAAGAAAAGAAAAGAAAAGAUAUAAUGUCAAAAGGAUAUGGUGUUAAUGCCUGUCAAGCUCCACAAAGGGAAUAAGAAAAUUCAGAAGACUUUAAAUAUAUAGCACAUGAGAUAUAUGGGACAUUUUUUAUUAUAUAUAUUUUUUUUUGUCGUUUUGGAGGGUUUCCUCUGGGGACUCUGGUUUCCCCUACAUUCUAAAGACAUCCCAGAUAGCAAAUUGAUUCUGGAACCAAUCUGGUUGGUUUUUGGUUGAGUUUGGCCCACAUGGAAAUAUGGCCCAAGAUUCGCCCAGAAGCUGCUUGCAAAAAGUCAACCAGAUCCAUGCCGGAAGCAAACCAAAACUCAGCCACAAUAGCCGCUUUUCCACUGUCGGGCCAGCGCGAGCCAGGGCUUUCAGCGGACCAGGCUAGGCUAAUAGCCCCGGACUUGUAGCACCGAGCCCAAAAUCACGCUGCAUUUCCACCGUCGGGCCAGAAGCUCCGCAGCGCUUCACUAAAACACGCCUCUCUGGAACAACGUCACACAAACUAGUCAUUUCACAAACAAAUGGAAGUUUUAUCAGAAAAAUAAUCAGAAAGAAAUCGCUGGAAACUAGCGAGAUCGUAGAGUGAACAUGAUAAAAGCAGGCGUUUGUUGGCAUUUUGUUGUUUACUUAAAGAUUUAAAAGCCCAAGCAUCGAUGUUUUACCAAACAAAUUGAUCAUAAUGAAUUAAUUUGUGUCAAGAUUAAACAUUAGUCACAGAAAUAAAGUGGUAUUUACUGUUAUUUCACAAAAGAAAGAGGACACACAUACUUAUUCAGUCGCGUCUGUUUCUGUUUAUUUGUAGUCAUAUGUUUACAUCACAUUUACAAAGAAUGAUACACUCAAAAAAAUGAUACUUUAAACUAACUCAAGUCAAUUAUGGACAGUGGUUCCACACAACCAACUUAGUUUUUAUAAACAUUAAAGGUUUAUUUUUAAUCUAUGCAAUGUCCUUGUGCUGUGACAACACAACUGACUAAGGAAGAAUCUAUGUAAAAUAGUUAUGUCCAACCAACUCAAUUCAAUCAUGGACAGUGGUUCCACAUGAUUGAAACAAGUAAAACCCAAUAGAAUCAACCAUGUUAAACAAACUAGAAUCCAUUGUGUUCAUUUUACUUGAAUGAAUGGUUUUAGUUUUCAUAUUAAUUGAAUUAUACAAAUAAUCCUACAAUGAAUGCUUCUUGUUUAGUCUUGUGAUUUACAUAACUUUUGUGAUGUUCUGUGUUGGCGGUCUAGAAGUAAAAUUGGUUUCAUCCAGGGCAGCAUUUCCCAAAAGCAUCAUAAGCGUAAGUUGACCGUAGCAAUGGAGCUACAAUCAACUUAGGGUCACGAUACUUUUGGGAAACGCAACCCAGAAUACUACCAUAGUGAAUACUUUGUUAUUAAAGUAAUUUGGAUUUUUGCUAGCAGGUCCCCAGCCCAAGCACAAGCUCAACACUUCACUACAAUGGUAACCCCACAACUAUUAACAUAACAGAAACUUUUAAAUACCAACAUAAUAGUAAGUAAACAUUAAAAAGUCGCUCCAUUUUCUCAUCUUGCUAAAAACUGCUUAAAAUAACACUUUAUUUCAACAUUUACUCUCCCAGAUCAGCCCCUUUGCAAAGCAUGAUGGGAAGUGAAAGUCCUGUUUGAUUGAGUCCUGGUUGAAUUUACUUGAUUGAAACAUGUUAUUUUAAUAUGAAAGCAUCGAGUUAAGUCAAAAAGUAAUUGUUUCAAGUCAAUUUAACAUGAAGCAAUUAAAUUUGAACCAGAAACCUGAUACAAUGGUGUUGAAUCAAAAUAAGUUGUUUAAAUAAAGUGAACAGCAUCAAAAAAUCAUUUUUAUGAGUGUAAUUUCUACAAAUUUUCCACCAAAAAUACGACCUGAGGAGCUUUAGCACUCUCUCCAGUGAGUCCCAACAGUUGUAUUUUCAGUCUGAGAAACAGGGGAAUCCCGAAAAACUGGAGUUGCUUUAUUUUAUGAAAUAUGCGGAGCUAAAUGUGGAUAUCAGACAGUCCGUUAAGAGACGAGAUGUGCUGACAGAUAAAAUAAAUACAUGAUUGUGAUAAGAUUUGUCUGAUUUCUUCAAGCCUGUCGUAUUUACCAUGUUUACUAUGGUAAUAGCGCGCAUAUUCUUGGUGAUCAGAAUCCACAUCGGAUCACAAACAAGUUAUUUCAAACACUUGCUGCUGUCUGAAAGUGAGUUCUGAGCUAAAAUGAUUUUAAAAGUCUUUAAUGCUGAUGUUAGCUGGUCACCUACAUGUAAUCAUCCAUGGCGCCUCCUUCUCCACAGAUUAACUCCGCCUUUGUUCGUAACCACUCCCUCAAGCCCGAGCUGGCCUGCUUUGGACCAAGGUAUUCGGCGGGCCGAAAAACCCUGGCCGUUGGCCCCAAGGAAACACCGACGAGGCACGAUCAAGUGUCAAGUGACAGUGGAAACGCGAAUGGCCCUGGCACGCACUAGCACGCCCGCUUUAGGCCCGACAGUGGAAACACGGCUAAUGUCUUUCAUGUGCCCAGAAAUCAGCCAUAACUGGCCCAAAACAGGGCCAGGAUCCCCAAAUGUCAGAGAGAAAAGAGACAAACUGCCACUCUUUUUACCCAAGAACUCGUCCACAACAGUAAGAAAACAGCUAUUGCAGCUGCUACAUAAUGUUUUUUUUAUGGCAGAUGUGCCGAAUGUAAGCGAGAUUUAGCCCAGACUCUGUUGCUAUAUGGGAUGCAGGUCAAACUCAACACAGAAUAUCCUGGUUGGGCUGGGACUCGAACUGGGAACCUUCUUGCUGUGCUUCCCUCGAGAAGUUCGUACCACAUUAAAUGCAGCACAUGCUUUGACAGUACGUGAUUUCAGAUGCAGCUAUAAUGUAGAUCUGAAAGUAUCAGUGCUGGGGAACUGACUUUUAUUUUAGUUUGUCAAUCAUACCGUAUUGGUUUUCUUUCUCAUGUUUAUGUUUGUUGUUUUGCAAUGAUAUGAUUUUGAGCUGUUUUAUUUAUAUGCAAAUGCUUUGGGAAUGUGAAUGUAACAUUUUUGACUUCAAUAAAGUUGAC